AUGGUCUAUGGAGGACAUCAGAAGAUAUAUCAGAAAAGGUCCACCCUCUUUCCCUAUCAGAGGAUGGAGACAGAUGAGACAGAGCUGUGCUUUCCCCAUCUCCACAACAGCUCCUGUAGGAAGAGUAAGAUCGAUCCAACUGACAAUCUGAUCACCAAUGUGUUGCUUGGUUUUGCGUCAAUGCUCACUAGCAUACUCAACCUUCUGGUUAUCAUUGCCAUUACACAUUUCAAAAAGCUCCACACUGCACCUAACCUCAUCCUCCUUUCUUUGGCUGUGUCUGAUUUCCUUGUUGGUCUCGUGGUCAUACCAGUUGACGGCAUUAAAUGGAAAAUUUGCUGGAGUUUAAGUGACCUGAUGUGUGUAAUGUAUUACAUACUAGUGUCUGCAAUAUUUUUCUCUUCAGUUGGAAACAUUAUCCUUCUUUCAGUGGAUCGCUAUGUGGCCAUUUGUCAACCUCUGCAUUACCAAAACAGAAUGACUGGGAAAGUGAUCAACAUCAGCAUAUGUACUCCGUUAAUUCUCAUUACAAUAUCAAUAAUUUAUCUGAACUCUUGUCUGAAUCCUCUAAUGUAUACAUUUUUGUUUGCCUGGUUUAGAAAAGCUAUUAAACUCAUAGUUACACUUCAGAUACUGAAACCUGGUUCUUCUGAUGCAAUUUUUAGCUAA